AUGCACCUCCCUAUUCUUACCGCCCUCCUCAUCCUCCUACCCCUAACAACCUCCAACCCAAUCCCCCUCGAUCUAAGCCCCCUAACCACAGAUGCAACCCCCAUCCUAAACGACCUCACAAAGCUAACCACCGACCUCUCAACCCUCACAACCGCCAUAAAAUCCUACACCGGCGGCCUCAUCCCCGCGCUCGAUAUCCAGCGCAAGGAAAUGAUCGUAGAAAGAGAUCUAGAGCAGGCGACUAGCGACACAGAGGCCGCGACGCCGUUCACGGUUGAUGAGAGUGCGGCUGCGACGAGGGCUUUGUUGGGCCUUGAGCCGGAUGUUAGGGAGGCGCUUGGGGGGCUUAUUUCUAAGAAACCACUCGUGAAUCAAGCUGGAGUCGGGGCGGUUGUGAGGAUGGAUCUGGUGAAUUUGAAAAGCAAGACGGGUCUGCUUUCGUCGGCACUGCAGGGGAAGGCGACGGAGAUGGAUCGGACAACGCUCGCUUCUAAGACGACGGAGUUGAUUGCUGGUUUUGACGAUGCUAUUCGGGCGUAUUCUUGA